AUGGGAAAGAUCACCUUCUAUGAAGACCGCGGCUUCCAGGGCCGCCACUAUGAGUGCAGCAGCGACCACUCCAACCUGCAGCCCUACUUCAGCCGCUGCAACUCUGUGCGCGUGGACAGUGGCUGCUGGAUGCUCUAUGAGCAGCCUAACUUCACAGGCUGCCAGUACUUCCUGCGUCGCGGGGACUACCCUGACUACCAGCAGUGGAUGGGUUUCAGUGACUCCAUCCGUUCCUGCCACCUCAUCCCCCACGUGAGUUUCUUCCUAGGUUCUCACAGGAUCAGGAUCUACGAGCGAGAGGACUACAGAGGCCAGAUGGUGGAGAUCACAGACGACUGCUCCCACCUGCAGGACCGCUUCCACUUCAGUGACUUCCACUCUUUCCACGUGAUGGAGGGCUACUGGGUCCUCUACGAGAUGCCCAACUACCGGGGGCGGCAGUACCUGCUCAGGCCCAGGGAGUACAGGCGCUACCACGACUGGGGAGCCAUGAACGCCAGGGUGGGCUCUCUGAGGAGAAUCAUGGAUUUCUAUUGA